GGCAUCGGCAAUUCCGUCUCGGUGUCGGUAUAACCAAAGAUCAAAAUUUGAUUUAAUCAAAACAUUCAGGACCUGCAGAGGUUUUUACAGAUUUUUGAGUGGUUGACAAGUUAUCUGUAGAAUCACCUAUUAAUUGAAAGCAAGACAGUGCACGCCCAAUUUAAGCUUGAAUUUUUCAAUGUUAUGAAAGCAUUGAAUAGGCUUGUACUAGUGAUGACGAAGAAAGGUUAUGACAUCGAGUGUAGAAGAGUGUGGAGUGUUUUGUUCAAGAAAGUUUUGUUGCAUAGAAAUGUGUAAAACUGUAAAAAAUACUAUUGCAGAUUAAUUUUUAGAGUUUGAAAUUAUCUUGAAUAAGCCAAUGAGCAAACUGAUUCAAGGUACAAAGACACAAAAGGUGGUUUGAAAGUAGUACAUCCUGCUUAAAAUGGAGAAGAGUCGAUUUUAUCGAAGAUUCUCGUUGAAUCCAACAAGCAUCUUGCCGCAGGAAAAUGAUGACACGAUUUUUAACACAAAAUCACCUUUGUCACCCAGUCUAGAUUUGUCAGAUUCGGUUUGCAGCUUCAGAAGUUCCAUCAGAAUUCACUGUAGAGGAGCAUCCGAAUCUAACGGUCAUGAUAUCGACAAUGCUGUUCAAGAGUUUUGCUCUGGUUCAAACUACAACUCAGAACCAGAAGACAUGCAAGAUUACGUUUAUGUCCAAAACAAGAGUUCGGUGAAUGCGUUGGAUUGUAUGAAUUCUAGUAUAGAAAAGGAUAAAUCACUAAAUAAUAUGGACAAGCCCGAGGAUUUUGGUCCAUUUGUCUAUACCAGUUCCCCCUUGGCUUUAAGGGGUAAAAAAGUGUCCUUGUCAUUACAAGAUAUGUCAUCCAUAGAGACAUUUCCGCUGCUACCAAAAACAAACAAUGGUUUUUCUUCAGAAACAAUACCUAGUCAGUCCUUGUCGUCAACAUCAAAAUCCAAAGACUCAGGCUUCCAAGAUCAGCUAGCUGCUUGAGUUUGAACAGUGGCAAUCGGAGCUACGAUCAUGUUCAAAGUAAAGUCAAGCAGUAUAUAAGAGAUAUUAAAAAUUCGGAAGAAUCUAGAAAGAAACGAAAACAAUCAGUAAUGAGUCUAUGUAAGGAUCCCCCUUUGAUUAAUCAGAAGAAAAGUGAUACAACCUGUUCUAUUAAUUCAAUCACUGAAACCAUUGAUAAUGAUAGUGAUCUAGUUUCCGUUUUAAAAAAUGAACUCAAAGAGAAAGAUAGCACUUUGAAGCAGCUGCAAGAAAAUUAUAACUCGUUACUAAAAAAAUAUGCUGAAGCUGUAAAUCAGAUUGAUUUCAUGAGACUCCGCAACUCUUUGAAUAACUCCUAUCGUUCGGAUUUAUCUGUAAGCAACGAAGACCUUACCGACAACAAUUUAAACUACUCCAAGAAUUUGUUUCCAACUUGUCAUUCUAAUAAUAUCAAUCGAUGUCAGACUGAAGAUUCUACUACAAGCUUACCAAAUAGAUUUUCAUCGCUGAGUAAUAAUAAUAAAGUUCAUGAACAUCGUCCUGAAGUGGCUAGAAUGCAAAAAUCUGAGUCUCUAGACUACAAAAUAUUCAAUACCAAACAAGAUUCUACUCAGUUGCCAACGAAAGAAGAACGACCUCAGUCAUCCAGCUCUUCAACUAUUGUGAGUAAUCCUCAAAGAACAAAGACUACUUUAGGACCUAUAAGCAAAUACUAUAGUAGUUCGUCGAGGUUGGGUAAGAAACAAAAUGUGCCGCUUCCUUCGUCGAAGAUGGCAAACAGUGAAUUGUCGCCUCAACAUUCUGCAAGUGAAAGCCACAAAAAUGCCUUGCUUUCUACGACUGAUCACUCACCAUUACGGAGCUAUAGAAUGCGUAACAUCUCUAAAGUGAGUCCAUUUGAACGAGUUCAUUCAUAUCUGGAAAACUUCAAAAAGAUGAGAGAGGAUUCUCUGCCGACAAAGAUAGAUUCGAAAGGUAACACGUCCAGUGACGAGUCAACGCAUGAAGCCUACACCGAUAAAAAUAGAUCCAAAAACUACACUACAAACCAAAGUAAACUGUCCAACCGUGAUGCAAGUCGAACAACAACAAAUCGGAGCAAAAGUGAGCAGAAUCUUAGCAAUCACAAAAUAUUCACUGAACUGUCAAAUCAGAAUGUGAGAAGUAGCAGCGGUCGAGUUUUGCUGUAUAGUAAUGGUGGCAGUCCAACACCUCAUACAUUGUUUGAUUUGAAUAGAAAGAGAAGUAUGGAAACAUACGCUUUUCAGUUGAGAGGCUCUGAGAAACCUGGCAAAAAAUGUAGUCGCAACCUUCUUGCUCGCGGUGACACGUUUGAUAGUCAUUCAUCCCUUGAUGAAAACUUCUCUGAUGACGUUGAUGGUUUCGGGCAUAAUAUGGAAUUUGAAAAGCAUCUGUCUGAUGACAGCUCUAGUAUAUCUUCGUCUAUAUUUUCCUUGCCCAAAGAUGAAGGAUACCAUCCGCCACAUAAGAAUCAGACCAGCAGAUCAGAAACCGAUUGGAAAACCGUUUCUCACACUAAAAGCGUGAAAUCGAUCGUUUGGGAGAAACGACAAUCCUAUCAGACAUCAACUAUUCCCAAGCGCAAGAAGGGAACGCCUGAUCGUGUGUGUUACUCUCCGAAGAAUCGUCGUGUGCCUGUUAAGAAGACCCCAAGUCAAGAGGAUGUUGGUCUCAAAUGUCGCACCACUCCAUCGUCAAAUCAGAAAUCUGAAUUUCAUAAGAAAUUGAAGAUCUACACGGACAUAUUGAAGUCGAAGCCAAAUCGAGAUGUCGGCGUGCAAGUGUCUGAACAGAAGCAGUUGGUGGAGCCUGAAGAUUCAGUGAAUGUCAACCGCCUGGAUUGUUUGAGUGAGGCGAGUGAAUAUCUGAAACAGAUGAAGCAAGGUAUGGAUAGAUUAUGCGAUUACAUCGAAAACCUCAAAGUAGAUACUGGAAACAAGAGGAGUGGCAGUGACAAGUUAUAGUCUCCAAAUCAUUCAAGUAUAAUAUUAUCUUCUUUGGGUAUGUUACUUUAUUUUCAUUAUUAUCCAUUGAUUUUUUGUGAUAAUCUCUGUUUACUUAAUUUGUGUCAUAAGUAGAGAUAAUAUUAGUAUAUGAUAACCAUAUUUUUAUGGUUAAAUCUCCAAUUUUGAAAAAGUAGCGAGAAAAUGCCAGUCAUUUUCUCGUUUAAUGAGUUUUCAGGAGAAACAAUUUUCCAAAUGAUGAUGUUUGAAAUAAAGGAAAUAUCAUCCAAAAAUAUUUUUGUAGCCCAAUUUAAUAAAUAUUGGAAUUGAGCUGAUGACGUAAGCUUCAAAUAAUUCGUAGCUGAUAUGUAAGUAAAUGUGAGAUUUGUGAGUAAUUAUUAAGAGGUGUCGGUUUGAGUCUAACUCAGCUCUAAAAAGAGUGUUCCUUAUUCGCGCUCGCAGUAUUAAUGUUAUUUUAUAUGUUGUCUCAUCAAAAACUCUAAAUCGUUCAAUAAAAGAAGUAGAUACACCUGAAUAGAAUAUCAUUUACUUCAUAAUUAAUUUAUUUUGUUUGUAUAUCAUAUGGUUACCUACAAAAUAGCAUUUUACUGCCGACGUGAAUAAUUACCAAACGCACAAUCCCUUUAUGUUAGAUUAUUAUUGGCUAUAUAAUAUUUAUUUAAAAAAUCUGGUGUGGCGC